AUGUCAUGCACUGCAACGCAUGCAUCAACAGCAACAAGCUCAAGGCGUUCUCCACGGAUAAUUCUUCUGGGGUCAUUGUUGGCGUGUGCAAACGCUUACUACAACCAUGGAGCAGGAUUCGCGGACAACUACUACUACGGUCACUACGGGCCGGUUCCAGGAGCGCAUCCAGUGGCUCCAGUAGCUCCUCUGUACAAUGACCUUACGGGAGUGGCUCCUUACGUGCCUAAAACAGUGGCUCAGCCGAUCGUGGAUCCCCUCCCGACAGCCAACAGACACAGAUUCCAUCUUAAUCACCUCAAUCUGAACCACGGAUACUACCACGCUGGAGUUCACCCGCCAUCACCAUCACCUACACCAGCACCCACCCCGGCUUACGUCCCCCCUCCAGUGGUCGUUCCUCCUUCUGUUACUUACAACAACAACGUCGUUCCCCCCUCAGUGCAAAAUCUCAAUCACGCUGCUCCUGCUCCAGCUUCGGCACUCGGUCCAGCUAAUUAUCACCACCAUGCUCUUAAUUACCAACACCGCCCCUACGCACCCAUUUACACACACGGUCACAUGCACAACCAUGUGAAUUACGGGUGGUAA